AUGGAAACUCCUCCGUCGCAGCAAGGCGUAGUAAAGAAGAAGGAAACACGCGGUCGAAAACCCAAACCAAAAGACGAUCAACACCAACUAACACCUGCCAAAGCACUGAAAGAAGCGAAAAAAGCGCAACAGCAACAGCAGCAACAACAGCAACAACAGCAGCAGCAGCAACAACAACACCAAGCUACCGUAGACGAGAAAUACACUCAAUGGAAGUCUCUCGUUCCCGUUCUCUACGAUUGGCUCGCGAAUCAUAACCUCGUUUGGCCUUCUCUCUCUUGCCGGUGGGGUCCUCAGCUUGAACAAGCUACUUAUAAGAAUCGACAGCGGCUUUAUCUUUCGGAGCAGACUGAUGGAAGUGUUCCGAAUACGUUGGUGAUUGCGAAUUGUGAGGUUGUGAAAACUAGGGUUGCAGCUGCAGAGCAUAUUUCCCAGUUUAAUGAAGAGGCUCGCUCUCCAUUUGUGAAGAAGUACAAGACCAUCAUACAUCCGGGCGAGGUGAACAGAAUUAGGGAAUUGCCGCAAAAUUCUAAGAUUGUGGCUACUCACACAGACAGCCCUGAUGUUCUCAUUUGGGACGUUGAAAGUCAACCUAACCGUCAUGCUGUCCUUGGAGCUACAAACUCUCGUCCAGAUUUGAUAUUGACCGGACACCAAGACAAUGCUGAGUUUGCUCUUGCAAUGUGCCCAACUGAGCCGUAUGUCCUUUCAGGAGGAAAAGAUAAAACAGUGGUAUUGUGGAGUAUUGAAGACCAUGUAACAUCUGCCGCCACAGACAAGUCUGGUGGAUCCAUUAUCAAACCGAACUCUAAAUUUGGGGAAGGCAAUGACAAAACUGUUGAUAGCCCUUCUGUCGGGCCAAGAGGUAUCUACUCUGGGCACGAUGAUACUGUUGAAGAUGUGGCCUUUUGCCCUUCUAGUGCGCAGGAGUUCUGUAGUGUUGGAGAUGAUUCUUGUCUCAUAUUAUGGGAUGCACGUGUUGGCUCUAGUCCUGUUGUUAAGGUUGAAAAAGCUCACAAUGCCGAUCUUCAUUGUGUUGACUGGAAUCCCCAUGAUGAUAAUCUGAUUCUUACUGGGUCGGCAGAUAAUUCUGUUCGCUUGUUUGAUCGGCGUAAUCUCACCUCUAAUGGGGUUGGGUCUCCUAUUCAUAAAUUUGAGGCUCAUAAAGCUGCUGUUCUCUGUGUUCAGUGGUCUCCCGACAAAUCAUCUGUAUUUGGAAGUUCAGCAGAAGAUGGUCUCUUAAACAUUUGGGAUUAUGAGAAGGUUGGUAAAAAGAUAGAGCGAGCUGGAAAAACAAUAAACUCUCCUCCAGGGUUGUUUUUCCAACAUGCUGGUCAUAGAGACAAAGUUGUUGACUUCCACUGGAAUGCAUAUGAUCCAUGGACAAUUGUAAGUGUGUCUGAUGAUUGUGAAAGUACUGGUGGAGGGGGAACAUUGCAGAUAUGGCGCAUGAGUGAUUUGCUCUAUAGACCAGAGGAUGAGGUUUUGGCAGAGUUGGAGAAAUUCAAAUCUCACGUGGUGGCUUGUGCGGCCAAGACCGAUACAUAA